AUGGAAAGCAAUUCACAAGAGAACCGUCUCAACACCCUUUCAACACUACUUGAGGAAGUUUCUUCAGACACAUUAGAGUCGGAGACUCAAUUGUGGGUGGAUAUGAUAAACAGAGUCAAGAAAUCAAAACUUCAAAAACUUGCAGCGACCCACUCAGAAGCGCGGCUUACACUUGAAAAAGGGAUUCGAAACAGUUUUGAUGUCCAUUUGGACUUGACACAAGACUCAAACACUUCCCGAUGUUGGCUGACGUAUAACGAUCAAAACAUCAUUGUGAUCGACUUAACUCAAUGGUCCUGUCCAGAUGUGACCCCAAAUUCAAUUCAAGAAUUCAGAAUGAACAAUAAGCUCUAUUGGACGACUUUUGUGGAGUCAUACUCAUCCAUUGUAUCAACAGAAAAAGCAAAUGAAUUGAUCGUCUGGCAACCCCCAGAUACAGUAACUACCAACAUAGAAGUUCAAAUCCCUUCUUCUUGGCCUUUUGAAGUAUUUCCAUUCAUUUUGCAACACAGAUCCCAUAGUAUUCCAACACUUAAUAUACAUCAAGAUAUCCAAAAGAGCACUGAUAAAGAGAAAUUGCCGUUUGAAGACAACUUUGGCUUUGAAGAAAUUGUUCUGAAGGAAAUACCACCCAAAGUCAACACCCCACAAGUCGUCGACAUCCCUGUCAUACUUCCUCUCCCUGUCGAUGUGAAAAGGAACAGUUACUCCAUCAUCUUUUACGACUUCUGGACACACAACUUAUACAAAGACCUCAUUCAAGUUAAUGUCACAAUCAUUUGA